UGAGAGGUGGCCGCGCAGUGUACUGUAACCUUGAUCAUGAUCUUUACCCGUGUCUGGCAGUGAUUAGCAACAAACAACUGAUGAACCUACACCCCUUCAGUAUACAUACUGCUUCUGCACAAGUCUGGUCUAACUGACGGCGAGAUACCUGUUUCACUAGUGUACUUGCUCGGGUCUGGAUAUUCUACACCCAAAGGACAAAGAAGCUGUGACACCUCCACUACGAUGGCGGAAACAAUAAUGGGCCAAAACGUAAGCCCAGGACCUAUGUCACCGUAACGAACGCUAUCACCUCGGGGAGCUAGAAUAACGCCACUCGCAAACAAAACCCCGAUGAAAAGGACUUCAUGCCCAUACCGGAGAUCCAAGUAGGGGAGCCAAUAUUCCCUCUCCUUCCAUCACAUGCUACGUCUGGCCCAACGACUCUACAUAUUAAUCGUGGUUGAAACUCUUCAGCCUCUUGCCCAGAAUAUUGAGAACGUAUGUCUCCGUUGUGUGUCAGAGCACGAAAACAGCGACAGUUGUUAGUAUAUCAGAGCGGAGUUCGUUAAACUUGUCGAAGAAUUUGAACAAAGUGCGCCGCCUACUUUGCCAUCUGUGUAGCGAUUGUCGUGGGUCAACCAUGAGACGUCCCAUGCCAGUUGGAGAGCGCGGAAGUAGACUUGGCCGUGGUGGAAAAACCCUGAUGCGAAAAUUCAACCCAAGAGGCCGACUGCUUGUUCGCUCCAAUUCCAUGGGUGCCCUUUCUUGUGGACGGGAAGCAAGUGUUGCUACCACUGUUGGACUGUGUCUAGCUUGCCGUCUGCCUGUGACCGACCCCUGUCUUCCAGUUGUUGACACAGCGACUUCUCGGAAACUAGUUGAAUUUUCGAAUCUCCCACAAACUGAUGCAUCGAGUCUCCGUUCCCCACUAAUAGACUUACCUACAAAGAUGGUGAAGAUUUGCGGCGCCGAUCGGUGGGAGUUUGAUGUGUUCACCUUCAAAAGACAGUCCUCGAGUGGACUUGUGUGCUCACUUGGAUUGCAUUUUUGCGAGAGACACAAUCUCUUCAAAACUCUCCGGCUGGAUCGGUUGACCCUGAUACGAACAUUGGCUGCCAUUGAAUCCGUUUACUGGCAACACAACCCCUAUCAUACAGCUUUACAUGCGUCAGACGUCACCCAAGCUCUCCACUGCUUCAUUUCGCAGCCAAAGCUUCUUCGUUUGCUGUCCCCGGCCGAGCUUUUUGGGAGCAUUAUGGCAGCCUUUUGUCAUGAUGCCGAUCAUCCAGGAACCAACCAGAGUUUCCUCGAGCAGACUGAAAAUUUUCUGGUCCAAUUGUACAACUCCACCUCCGUGUUGGAGCAGCACCAUGCGCGAGUCGGCUUGACGAUUCUCCAUCAAACUGGUCUAGCGAAGAACCUCACUCAGGCUGAUUGGAUCACUGUUCGGGAAUGCAUUUUGAAAAUGGUCCAUGCCACUGAUGUGGCACAACAAGCGUUCUACAAGGACAAGUUCUCGCGAUUUCUUGAAGCGAAGAGAGCUCAACCCCUUCCCUCAUUUUCCGCCGAGGACCGCAUUCUUUUGCUUCAGGUGUCUCUGAAAUGUGCUGACGUUAGCAACCCCUGUCGUCCUUGGCAAUCCUGUCGGCAGUGGGCUCAUAAAAUAUGCGAGGAGUUUUUCAGUCAAGGUGAUCAGGAGCGUCACCGACUAUCGCUCACUCCUGUCAAAGGCUGCGACAGGUAUUCAUCCUCAGUACCUGCAAUUCAAAUCGGCUUCAUUGAGCAUUUUGUCAGACCGUUGUUUGUCAACUGGAACGAGUUUUUCCAAACUGAGCUGACCCAGAAGCUUAUGCGCAAUUUGGAACAGAACCUUUCCAUGUGGCAGAAGCAGUUACUUUUAAUCAACAAGCCAAAAACAACGCAUUCAUCAUCUUGUUCAGUGGUCGCACCACUCAGACCCUCACUUGACCCCCAAGUGGAGAAAAAACAACGAAAAGUUCUCAAGGAGAAAGGUUCACCCAAAAAGAAAACCACGGAGUCGAAGUCCCAAAGUCACAACGUAACCUUCCAUCUGGGCAAUUUGCUGAAGUCAUUCCAGUCCACUUCGGGAAGAGACAUUGCACCUGGUAGCGGUUGUCAGACUUUUUUCAUCACCACCCGUGGAAUGCGCCGGCGCUCUUUACCAGAAACCCAGGGUGCCAUCAAGAAGACUUUCAACUUUGCACGCUCAAAAAUCUCCGGUCCAUUAUCUGUCAGUACUGCAAAAUCAUCUAGCUUCACUUACCCUGUCACAGCCACAUCUUCACCACCCACAGUGCACUAUGUGUACGUGAACAAACCUGAUGUACGAUCGUUACGGACCACUUCUGUCAACAUUCUUCAGACACUGUGUGAGGAGAUUAUGAGUCACGAGCCACUUUCCAAAAAGUCUCGUGGUUUUGAACUGGAUCCCUUCCCUCUACCGGACGCUUGGAAUGUUGCUGGCAACGGAGUUAACCGCUCCUCUAAUUUACCCUCCUAUAUGACAGGUUUAUCCAUCGAUCUCUCCGUUACAGAUUUCGUUGCUUUGGCUCAUCGUCGCAGUAGCGUCCCAUUAGUCGAAAAGUGAUAUUUGCACCCUUAUGCAAACUUUUCCUAUGUCCACAUUAGUGUCAUCAGUUCAUGGUCGUUCGACCUUGUGUGGUUUGUACUCGGAACUUAACCCAGACCCCAUGGUAAUGGGCGCUAAUGACGAUCUCACUUUUAUCGUUAGCGCGCAUGUUGUUCUCCUUCAUAUUUACUCAGCGUCCGUGAAUUUCUUAGACUGUGUCAACUUUUGCCUCUUUGUUUACUCCCCUGGCAAUCCUGUAGCUAUUUUAAUUCUGUUUAUGACAGGGGACAGUCCGAAGCCGAGAAUUAGGUUGCUCAAUUUUUUACGCAACACCGUUUUUAUAGUUUUUUUCCUCUCCUAGUUUUGUUCUGGACUCACACAAACGGCUACUUCACAACUAGCCCCCUUCUUACUUUCCCUCUUUUCGUGUUCUGUGUGUUGACGCGAACGUUUUCCAAUUGUCCACACCAACUUCAAUCGCUAUCCUAAUGUUGUAUUCUUCACGGAGCCAGUUGUGAAUUUUAACCAACUCGCUUUCUGCCUUCCUGCUAACAAUCUCUCUUAUGACUUCCAUUGGUUGGUUGUUUUUUUACCAAUUCCUUAGUGUGACUUUCAUUACUUCCCCUCCCAUCUCAUUUGGUCCUUCCUUCUUUCCUAUGCAAGUAAAUUUGUCUUGAGAAGUUAGCAAUUAUUGGCAAAUCCUUGCAUUUUCGAUUCUUUAUGGCCUCUAAAAAUCGUGACUAUGAGUUGUCGCAUCUUAAAAGUAUCGCGCUAACAAUCCACAUUUUUGCUACUACGGCUGAAAAUUCACUCGUCAUGGGUGCAUAAAAGCACAUUCUUGACUUGACAUGAGUGCCUCUGUUUGCACCUAUCUUGUUGACUUCCUGGAAGUUGUUUCAGCUCACGGAGAUUAAUGGGAAUAGAACUUUUGUUGCCAUUCCUAGUGCCUGUGCCUAUAUUUGUGGCAUUACCACUAAUCGCGGUACCGAGCACUGGAUAUUCGAAAGUUCGGUGUGUUUGUUGCAA